AAAGGAAGUAUAAACAGAAUAACCACAUUAAAGUUCACACAUACCACGUGCUUUGUUCUUCUUCCUUCAUCGCAAUUUGUGGUUCAAAUUCUUGUAGUCGCUUCUUCGCUCAGAAUGGCCGUGUCUUCCGCCAGCGUUUCCCUUCCCAGCUAUCCAGAUUCAGAUUAUGCUGAGAUUUUUGUGGUGCGUCAUGGUAAAACAGCAUGGAAUUCUGAGGGAAGAGUUCAGGGACAAGCGGAUAUUGAAUUAAGUGAAUCUGGAAGAAAACAAGCAGUUGCAGUAGCUAAUAGAUUAUCCAGCGAACCAAAAAUAGGUGCUAUAUAUUCUUCUGACCUGCAACGGGCUUUUGAAACAGCACAGAUAAUUGCAGUAAAAUGUGGAGGACUAGAGGUUGUGAAGGAUUUGGACCUACGGGAAAGACACAUGGGGGAUCUUCAAGGCCUUCGUUAUUGUGAAUUAUCAAAGACUAAUCCCAUAGGUUAUGAGGCUUUGGUGUCUAAGGAUGAGGAUAGAGAACUCCCUGGUGGUGGAGAAAGUUUUGUUCAACUGUUUGAACGCUGCAAAUCUGCAUUGCUCAGAAUUGGAAGAAAACAUAAAGGGGAAAGAGCUGUGGUUGUGACUCAUGGUGCAUGCAUAGAAACACUGUACAAGUGGGCGAAUGCAAAAGGAAGCUAUGCAGGGAAAAUAGAUAAUGCAUCAGUGGCCGUUUUUGUGUUGUGUGGUGAAGAUAAUUGGACUUUAAAAAUGUGGGGUGAUGUUAGCCAUCUCACUCAAAACUGAUUUCUACACCAUUUUCUCAGCAAUUCAUGCAAUGUUAAAUCUCUAUUUACAGUUAUUUUUAUUUGAAUAAUUGUAAAAAGAAUCAUGUUGUAUUGUUUCAUAAAAAGACUCACUAUUGUUUCUUACA